AUGUCUACACAUCGAAAAACUUUUAAGAAUCAACUGAAGAGGUUUAAUAAUGGCAGUGGCAAUGGUAGUGGCAACGGCAGCGGCAAUGGCACUGACACAUCGGUUGAGCUAGCUAGUUUGGUGGAGAUGUUUCCAGAUUGGGAAUCUGAUGAGUUGAACACAUUGCUAAUCGAGAAUAGCAAUGCACUCGAGGUUGUUAUUGAUUUGAUUGUCAACAAUAAAGUCUCCAAAUGGGAACCAAUUAAAAAGGAGAAGAAGAAGAAAGAAGUCAAGGAAGAUAUAGACUCACUGAGUGCUUCUGCUUCUACAUUUCAGCCAUCACAUAGUAACAAUGAUAAAAAAUCGUCAUUAUCGAAAUCGAAAGCAUCAGCAAGAACUCCUAAAACGCAAAAUUUCAAUUCGAGGAAAUCACAAAGAGGCGCAACAGACAAACACAACAGCAACAGCAACAGCAACAAUAAUAAUAAUGCCACUAGUAGCAGUAGCACCACUACAAAUGAUGAAGCUAAACACAAAGAAUCUGGCUCUUUGAGCUCUUGGGCAUCAGCUUUAGGUAAUGACAAGCCAAAGGCUCAAAAGAGCACACCAGAUGAAGAAAGGAGUACUUCUCUAGUUGAUGAGAAACCACAAGAAGAGCAGUCUGCAAUAGAACCAAAUGAUGAACAAGAAAAAGAGGAAGGAAAAGGUAAAGGAAAAGGUAAAGGAAAAGAAAAAGAAAAAGAAAAAGAAAAAGAAAAAGCGGUAGCCACAAAGGAAACGGCGUCAGAGGAAACGUCCAAGCCAGUAUUGAAAGAAGCAACAAUUCCAGAAUUAAAACAGGGAUCUUGGGUUUCUGCUAUUACGCCCAAAACAAAACCUAAACCCAAAGCAACAACAAAACCAGUAAAGAAAACAAAACAGGUGAAAUCUCAACCAACUGAAGAACAACAGCAACAGCAACAGCAACAACAAGUACACCAAGAGCAAUCACAACAAUUCCAACAUCAGGAUAUAAAUACUCAACAGCCCGUAACAGCGGCACAGGAGGAGAGUAAUGUUUUAGAAAAACAGCAACCACAACAACCACAACAGCAGCAGCAGCAACAACCACAACAACCACAACCCUCACAAGAUGUUGAGUCUAUUGCACCAUCACUUGCAAUUCCUCCAGUUGAAACUUCUUCACAGGCUUCUGCUCAAGUAGUAUUGCCAUCUUCACAGCAACGUAUCAACUCUGUUGGAAUUAGUUUUGGAUCAUUGUCUUUAGCGGAUGAUGAAGUGAAAGAAGCCCACGAACAAUUACCAGAACAGCAGCAACAACAGCAGCAACAACAACAACAACAGCAACAGCAACAACAGCAACAACAACCAGAGCAAGUGCAACAACAACCACAGUCGCAACCACAGCAGCAGCAACAACCAGCACGCUACGGAUUAUAUGACCAACAACCAUCUCAGGCUGACUUGCAGCAGAAUGUACAUUUUCAACAACAAGCUCAAGCUCAAGCUCAAGCUCAAGCUCAAUACUCGAAACAGACGCCACAACAAACAUCUCAUCACGUUUUACCAGGUCAACAACAACAACCUACACAACAGCAGUAUGAUUAUUAUAACCAGUUCCAGCAACAACACUUUCCACAGCAAACAGCUCAACCAGGUGGCCAAUUUGGUGGUUAUCCAGGGUAUGACUAUAAUGCUUUUAGCCAACAAGCAUAUGCAUCAUCUCCUGCGCCAGGCCACGUUAGCACCACACCAAGUGGCACCUCAGCAUAUGCUCAAUAUGGCCAACAGCCUGUUAACAAGAGUGAUUCAGCGCAAAGCCCAGCACACACCCAGACAGCUUUACAACAACAACAACAAGCUGCGGUAUUGGCCCAACAACAACAACUGCAGCAGCAACUGCAGCAACAACAGAUGCCAACACCAUUUGGUUACCCUUACUACAAUUAUUACUACAAUAAUCCAUACUUUAGUGCAGCCAGUGGUUUAGGUUCCAAUGGUUUUGCCUCGGCUACCGGUUCUGUUGGUCAACAAAGUCAGCAGACGGGCCAACCAGGAGCAGGAGCCGCGCAACAAGCAAAUGUACCAUCAACCAGCCAGCAGUCUUCUAUUUCGUCUAACGGGUUUGGCGCUCAACAACAGUAUUACAAUCCUAACCAAUACUCAAACAGGUACCCAGGCUACUCUUACCCACCUCAGCCACAACAGCACACGCAACAAAGCCAAGGUCAAGGUCAAGGUCAAGGUCAAGGACAAGGUCAAGGACCAAAUGUUGGUCAGUCUACAACAGGCUCCGAGAGUGAGGCAUCUCAGCAAAGCCAAGGGCAACAAGCACAGCCACAACCCCAACAACCAAUGGUACCUCAAUAUGGUGGCUACCAACAAUACCCUCAGUAUGGGUACCAAGAUUCUACACAGUACCGUGGAGGCUGGUAUUAA